UUCGAGCUCGCGCUGAGAGAGGCUUCUGAACAGGGCGCGCACGCUCCCCCAAACAAAGAGACCACUCGGGCAUUAUUCCAUCCACAGAGCGAGAGCUGCAGAACCAUCCUCCAGUAACACAACGAAGCAUCCUCUCUCCAACCAAAACAAAUCACCAUGACGGCGAACGGAACAAGCGACAUGCUCAAGAUCCAAUUUGGGCUUAUCAAUUGUGGGAACAAGUAUCUCACCGCCGAGACAUUCGGGUUCAAGAUCAAUGCCUCAGCGACCAGCAUGAAGAAGAAACAGAUUUGGACACUGGAACAGAAUGGUGAUGACUCCAACGUGUUCUUUCUGAAGAGCCACCUCGGACGGUACAUAGCUGCAGACAAAGAUGGCAACGUCACAGGUGACAGUGAGACCCCAAGCCCCGAGUGUGGCUUCAUCAUCACUGCCCACGAUGAUGGGCGCUGGUCCCUGCAGUCGGAGCCCCACAAGCGCUAUCUCGGGGGCACCGAGGACAGAAUUACCUGUUUCGCUCAGACCAUCUCCAUUGCAGAAAAAUGGAGCGUCCAUAUUGCCAUGCACCCCCAGGUCAACAUCUUCAGCUUGACGAGGAAGAGGUACGCUCACCUGAGCUCCAAACAAGACGAGAUAGCCAUUGACAGGGAUGUUCCUUGGGGCGUCGACUCCCUCAUCACCUUGGUCUUCCAGGACCAGAGGUACCACCUGCAGACCUCCGACAACCGGUUCCUGAUGAAUGACGGCAGCCUGGCGCUGAAGCCUGACAAGACAACCGGAUACACGUUGGAAUUCAGGUCUGGAAAGGUGGCGUUCAGAGACUGUGGAGGGAAAUACCUCGCUCCCUCUGGUCCCAGUGGAACCAUGAAGUCCGGCAAGAGCUCCAAGGUUGGGAAGGACGAGCUUUUUGUUCUGGAGCAAAGCCAUCCUCAAGUGGUGCUCACUGCAGGCAAUGAAAGGAACGUGUCUACCAGACAAGGCAUGGAUCUGUCAGCCAACCAGGAUGAGGAGGGCGACCAGGAGACCUUCCAGAUGGAGAUCAGUAAGGACACUAAGAAGUGUGCCUUCAGGACCUGCACAGGGAAGUACUGGACCCUCACCGCCAACGGAGGCCUCCAGUGCACCGCCUCCACCAAAACUGCAAAUUGCUAUUUCGACAUCGAAUGGCGCGAGAAGAGAAUCACUCUCCGUGCUGCCAAUGGAAAAUAUGUUGCUGCCAAGAAGAACGGGCAAUUGGCAGCCACCAUAGAUGUUGCAGGCGAGACUGAAGAGUUCCUGAUGAAGCUGAUCAACAGGCCCAUCAUCGUGCUGCGUGGGGAGCACGGCUUCAUCGGCUGCAGGAAGGUGACCGGCACCCUGGACUCCAACCGCUCCUCCUAUGACGUCUUUGGGCUGGAGUUCCGGGAUGGUGCUUACAGCCUCCAAGACUCCACUGGGAAGUACUGGAUGGUGGGCAGUGAGACCUCGGUGAUCAGCAGUAGUGACACCCCCGUGGACUUCCUGCUGGAGUUCUGCGACUACAACAAGGUGGCCCUGAAGGCCAUGGGCGACGGCAAAUACCUGCGAGGAGACCACGCCGGCGUCCUCAAGGCCAACGCAGACGACUUGGACAGUUCCACCAUGUGGGAGUACUAGACGCACUUACAUGUACCACUGUGGCUUUGUUUGAUUACGUUUUUUUGUACAAUUAUAUUUCUUGUUUUUUUUGUUGCAUUUUUAAAACACGUUUUUUUUUUCUUCCUCAAUGAACGUGCACAAAUAAGAGGGUUAUGAUUGGUGGAGAAGCCUGACUGGGGGACUGAUGGGAGUUUGCUCUCAGUCAGAUGGCUCUCAUUGUUUUUAAAAAAGGACUUGUUUCGUUUCCAGAUGGAGACACAUGUGUCUAUUCCAGCGUCCUGGGAUGAGUCUGCUUCGCUAAAUUCAGAGUUGUCUAUCUGAAAAGCCCAUGAAAUACUCACAGAGUUGUCCAUUCGUUAGUCUGCUGACUGAAAGCCAAAACGGUCAAAGACAAAAAAAAAAAAAAGAAGGCCUAAUCUCCUCACGUGCCAGUUGUUCACCGUCUUUGUGUUCAACAUCUAAAUUUUGGGAGGGGGAGGAGAUCAUCAUAAUCAAGCUGCUGCUUUGGAGAGUGCAACAUCUCUCGCCUCACUUUCUUUAUCUGCUUUCAUUUCCCUGCCAAGAUUUAAGGAAAGGGGCACCAGAUCCUGAUCGUGGAUCUUCUAUAGGGCAGAGGGGCCAGCGCCCUCAGUGAGAUGGUGCAAUGUAGUAUUAAGGAAGAUGGCUGAACGUGUGCUUUUGCCAUAUGUACAGUGUAUGUUGGAAGCUGAAAAGUGAUAUAAGGGACAACAAUACCCACAAUCCUGUUCUGUAACCUCAUCUCACCUGGAGGCCUAUAGUUGAAGUAGUAUGUGUAUGUGUGUGUAUAUAGCGCAGUAGUCUAAAAGAAAAGAAAAAGAUGCCUUCUCUACUCUCUCUCUCUCUCCGCUCUCCCUGAUUCUCCCCAUCCUAAUGCCAAUCACUGUUGUAUUACCCCCUCAACCUUAGCCCGACAACAAGCCGUGCUCCAGGUCUGUUCACAUACUGUACCCAGACCACGCAGGCCAAACACAGUGGUAACUGUUUGAAUGUUUGUCGAAUAUAUAUGAGUUUGUUUUGUCUUUGCAAUGGAUUGCUCUUGAGGAUGAAGCAAUCUCCCAGAGCCACUGGAAGAGAUGGUGAUGGUGAUGCUGAUGAUGAUGAUGAUGAUGAUGAUGAUGAUGAUGAAGUAUGAGGACCACUUAUUAUGGUGAGCAUCUUAAGCUGGUCUCUGAGCGUAAAUGGAAACGUGCUUAUAUCUAAUUGAGAAUGAACUGGAUGUUUGUUGUUUGUGCCAUUAUAAUUAUUGUUCAUUACGAAUGAAACAUUAACUGGAACAUCUCUCCGUUGUCUCCCACACUGAGACCAUGAAGGAGGCGAUCAAGUUUCAAAAACAAAAAAAAGGUUUUAAAAAAAGAGUAAGAAAAACCUGCAACAGAACUAAACUUUGUGGGAGUCAUCGUAACAUUAUGUGCCGUGUAGCGUGUGGGGUCUCACUUUACUGUCCUGAAGGUAUGUUGUUGCAGGUUCAACACGAUAUUUAUGUUUAAUCAAAAAACAAGUCCUCCAUCCUUCCUGAGCCACCACAAUUAACGAAGGAAUGGCGAGUAUGUGUUCCACUGCACACGUUUUAUAUACAAUAAGGCAUGAAUCUACCUGGAAUGUGCACACUAUUCACUUGACAGAAUAAUCUCAGAAGUUUUUGUUGUUUUUUGUUUUGUUUUUUACUUUUGUCUAAGGCACAGGCAUUAUCAUGAUCUCCAUUGCGUCAUUUGCAUAAUUGCUACGUACCUGUUCUUUCUAAUUGUAAAUAAAAAAAUAUCUCGCUUUUUUUUUUUCUUACAAGAAACAACUGUUUUUUAUCAUCUCAACCUUUGUGAUCUCUUAACCACUAGCUCUAUUGUCCACUGCAAGAAAGAGAGAAAUUCUCAGUUAGGAAGUAACCUGAUUUCACAACUGGAAACAAAAGUUCAUGUCAUAUUUGGCCCCCCUCAAAGCCAGUGGGGGGUCGCUAGUGUGA